AUGCUGCAUCUGCUCGAUCGCAAUCAUGCUUCCGAAGAAUUCUCCUACACCGCCGAAAGUCCGACGUCUGGUCGACAGGAAGGCCUUCACAGAGCCCGCCUUCGCAAUGUACUGUCUGGCGGCUUCAUGGCGCUGCUGGCGUAUUACGUCCCGUAUUUCUUCAUCACACCUUUCGCUAAAUACGUCAUUGGGACGUCUGCAGAUCUCUCAUUCUACCUCUUGGCCAUUGUCAAUGCUGCAAGCUUUCCAGGUCGCCCGGUACCGGGGUUUGUUGCGGACAAGCUGGGCGCUUUGCCGACACUUGCAUUCUCGAUGGCGGCCAUCUUCAUUCUGAUCCUCUGCUGGAUUCCAGUGCAAAGCAAUGCGGGAACAAUCGUAUGGGUAACCCUGUUUGGCUUCUUUUCUAUGGCAUCGUGGCGCUUCCAGCAGCCUGUGUACCUCUGCUAUGCCCUUCUUCGAAGGUCAUCGGCACUAGGAUGGGCAUCGCGUACGCACGUGCUGGCAUUGGCAUCUUAG